GUUCGAGCGAGGGAGCUCUCGCGGCGCGCAGCCACACUGACUCCGGCGAGGGAGGGGCCAAAACCCUAGCUGAACCCGCACGAUCCGCGCGGCAGCCGCGUCCAUGGAGGUGGACCCGUCGCCGUCGCCGCCCUCGUCCCGGCCGCCGCCCCUGCCGGGCUACUUCGACCCGGAGUCCUCCGGCCGCCGGGAGGAGUACCGCCGCUACAGAAAGAGGUUAUCUUCUUCAAAUGUCUCGCCGCUGCUGGGGAGCUCACUCUCAAAAUCCUCUGAAGCAAGGCUGUUAUAUGAUGAAGGCAGCAUCCGGAGGCGGCCUAAUGCUGGUUUACUCCUUGAAGACAUCAAGCAGGAGGCUGAGGAUUAUUCCACCUUUGAAGGUUUGGAUGGGUCGAGAAUGUUCAGUUCAGCCAAAAGACGUGCAUCGCUAGAUGGUGGUUCUGCGUCAGACGCAGCUUACAGUUCUGGGAGGCAGGCGGUGAGGCAGACGCUGAAACCAGUCAAGAUGGAAGAUGAUAUGUAUGUGCCACAUGAAGGAGAAACAUCUUUUACAAUGUUUGCAUCUCUCCUUGAUUCUGCGAUCCAAGGUUUGAUGCCCUUUCCAGAUGUAAUUCUACAGUUCGAGAGGACGUGUCGAAAUGCUUCCGAGUCGAUCAGAUCUGCUGCCACUGGAAAGCUUCGGGUGGUGGAAGAUAAACUUAUGCAGCAAAAGGCACAACUUUUACUGGAUGAAGCUGCUUCCUGGUCGCUUCUUUGGUACCUCUAUGGCAAAGGAAAUGAGGAUCUUUCCGGAGAGCUUUUUGUGUCACCAACUACAUCCCAUCAGGAGGCUUGCCGCCUUGUUGCAGCAGAUCUUACAGCGCAACUGUGUCUGCGGAUCGUACUUUGGCUUGAAGGUCUUGCUUCUGAAGCUCUUGAUUUGGAGAAGAAGGUGAGAGGGUCUCAUGUUGGUUCAUAUCUACCAAGUUCUGGUGUUUGGCACCGUACACAGAGGUACCUCAAAAGAAACAAUAAUGAUUCUACUAUAGUGAAGCAUGUGGACUUUGAUGCUCCAACUCGUGAAGCAGCCCAACUUCUUCCCGAUGAUAAGAAGCAAGAUGAAUUGCUUCUAGAAGAUAUCUGGACUCUUUUAAGAGCGGGAAGAUUAGAAGAGGCAUCUGAGUUGUGCCGUUCUGCUGGCCAGGCAUGGAGAGCUGCCACUCUUUCUCCUUUUGGUGGCAUUGAUAUGUUUCCUUCCCUGGAUGCAUUGCUCAAGAAUGGAAUGUCCAGAACACUACAAGCCAUUGAAUUGGAAAGUGGCAUUGGACGGCAGUGGCGUCUUUGGAAAUGGGCAUCAUAUUGUGCUUCAGAGAAAAUUGCUGAACAAGAUGGUGGCCGUUAUGAGAUGGCUGUAUAUGCUUUACAGUGCAGUAAUUUAAAGCGUGUGUUGCCAAUCUGUACUGACUGGGAGUCAGCUUGUUGGGCAAUGGCUAGAUCCUGGCUGGAUGUUCAAGUGGAUCUAGAAUUAUCUCAGUACCAAACCAGUAGACCAGAUGAAAAACAGCUUGAUGAUGAUAUGAAUGGAGCCCAAAGUUCAGUUGGUCCAGAAAGUUGGCCGUACCAUGUUCUUGAUCAACAACCUCGUGAUAUCACCGCACUUCUGCAGAAACUCCACUCAAGUGACUUUGUUCAUGAAACUGUGUCUCGAGCAUGCCGGGAGCAGCAUCGACAAAUCGAGAUGAAUCUCAUGAGUGGAAAUAUAGCUCAUCUUCUUGACCUUCUGUGGUCAUGGUUGUCCCCUGCUGAAGAGGACCAAAAUAUUGCAAGGCCCCUUGAUGACCCAGAGAUGAUACGUUUCGGGGCACAUGUUGUUCUUGUACUGAGAUACAUUUUCAGUGAUGAAAUGGAAGACGAGUUGGAGGAAAAGCUGGUUACUGUCGGUGAUCUCAUCAUCAACUUGUAUGUGAGGUAUUUGUUCUCAGAGGAUCAAGAGGAGUUGGUUGGAGUAUAUGCUUCUCAGCUUCAACGUGACCUUUGCAUUAAUUUGUUCGUGGAAAUGAUGGAAUUAAGGUUAAAUAGCAGUUUGCAUACUAUGUACAAGCUCUUCCUCUCUGCUGUGGAGUAUCUGCCAUUCUCAUCUGGAGAUGUAUCCAAAGCUUGUUUCGAAGAGAUCAUUGAGAGGGUGCUUUCAAGAUCUCGUCAAACAAAACCCAGCAAGUAUGAUGAGGAUUUCUCUGAUGUUGCACAUCAACAUCACUUGCAGUCACUUCAAAAGGCAAUGGUUAUUCAGUGGCUUUGUUUCACACCACCACCCUCGAUUCCAGACUUUCAAAUGAUAACUGGGAAGCUUCUGAUUCGGGCAUUGAUGCAUAGCAAUACACUAUUUAGAGAGUUUUCCCUGAUAUCGAUGAGGAGAGUCCCUGAACUACCAGCAGGGCCGCACAAGUUGCUUGCCAUCCUAGCUGAACCAUUAAAGCAAAAGGAAAAUUUAAUUUCGCUGGAAGAUCAGGAGGUAUCUGAUAACUUACAGGAGUUUGAAGAUUGGCAUGAAUAUUACUCCCUUGAUGCGACUUACCGGAACUGGCUUAAAGUUGAGAUGCAGAAUGCUGCUGUUUCUCCUGACAUGCUUUCAGCAGAGGAAAAUGAUCAAGCUGUUGCUGCAGCAAAAGAAACACUGGAAUUGGCAUUCUUGUUAUUAAAGAAAGAUGAAAGACCAUGGUUGGAUGCUGUCGAGAGCAGUCCAUUUGAACCCUCAGAGCCUAUUUUCCUUGAGUUGCAUGCAUCUGCAAUGCUCUGCCUACCUUCUGGAGAAUGCAUGUUACCAGAUGCAACAUCAUGCACAGCUUUGACUAGUGCACUAUAUUCAACUGCCAGUGAAGAGGAUGUGCUGCAUCGCCAGUUGAAGGUAGACGUGCAGGUCUCAUCAAGAGACCCUUGCUGUAUUGAGGUUGCUCUUCGCUGCCUAGCAGCAGAAGGUGAUGGAUAUGGGCUUCAUGAAGCCAGUGAUGGAGGCCUUCUUGCUGCAAUCAUGGCAGCUGGUUUUAAAGGUGAACUCAGUCGAUUUCAACCUGGAGUUUCGAUGGCGAUUUCACGGCUUGAUGCUUGGUUCUCUGAUGGGAAUGGCUCUGUGGAAAGCACUGCUGCAUACAUAAUUCGAGGGCUGUGUCGAAGAUGCUGCCUACCUGAAACGAUUCUACGAUCCAUGCAGGCAUGUAUCUCGCUCUCGGCAGCAGGUGAUUCUCUAGAUGAUUGUGAUAAACUUAUUGAGUUGGUUGGUUCGUCUGAAUCUAGAAUGCUGCAUUUGUUCAGCCAGCAACAGUUGCAGGAAUUCCUGAUUUUCGAGAGGGAAUGCUUGAUAUCUAAAAUGGAGCUUGAGGAGGAGCAGCAGUUAUCUUCUGAUGGCUAAGUCUUUCAUGUUCUCAGAGGAUCACUCCCAAAUCACGGGCGUCUUUGAUGACUGGCGAAUCACUUUCAGAAUCACCCACGCAUUUGGACAUCGUGGUGUCAAGAUUGAGGAACACUGAAGAGCCUGUUGUAAUGUACUGCGAUGCCAUUAGAGAAAGGCUGGGGAUACUUUGAAAUUCAGUGUAUAGGUGCUCAGUAACAUCAUGGAUAGUAAAACCGUCCCACUUUAGCCCCCAUUAUCUGUAAGAGAAUGCACAUUUUGUUGGCAAAUGCGGUACAAGAGGCAGCUGCAUAUACCCAACAUGGUUAAUGAAAGACUGAUUUUUUUCUCC